AUGAAAGCUUUAAUGAAGUCAUUUCAGGAACUCGAGGACUAUCUAUCCCAUGAUCCUUCGUUCGCCACCGAUCCAUACGAGUUUUGGCAAAGCGAUGUCAACUCGGCCAAAUACCCUUUGACGAAGAAAUUAGCGCUGAAGUACUUGUCUGCGCCUGGCAUUUCGAUCGAAUGCCAAUCAGUGUUCUCACGCCUUGAGGCUAUCAGUAGCGAACUACGCACGAGUUGGGAGCCGGAUGAGCUGGAGAAAGUUUUAUUCUUGCAUCAUAAUAUUUUAAUUUUUGGCUUUUAG